UCUAAUUCGCUGCGGGUAUUUUUUUAUUGUGUUUGUUGUUACAUAUAAUCUGAUCAAUUUCGAUCGUCCGUUGACAAAGCAGUGUGUUUUUGCUCUGUUCGUUAGAGCUUUGUUUUGGCCAAGUUCCGUGAAACUGCGCCAAUUAAACGUUUCGUUUGCGCCACUCUGUGCUUUCGGUUUUCGGCCCAUUUUCUUCCGUUUUCGUUUCGUUUUUGCUUCCACUUGGAAUUGCGUUCGCGAGGGGAUGAAGGAAAAGGGGAGGAGAGGAGACUCCCGACAAAGUGCAUCCCUCGUCCCGUGCGUGUUUGUGCGUGUGUGCUGGUACUAGUGCUAGUACUAGUGCCAAUGCAAUUGUAGCUGAGCGCGCUCAUAAAAAUCAAAAGUAUAUUUAGAUAUACAUGUAUAUAUAAUAAUCGGAUAAGUUUUCUCGUUUCGCUCGCCCGUGCUCAUGUGUGUGAGUAUUUAAAUCAGUAAUAUCACAACAGAGGGGGCCUGUUUGCCUGUGUGUGCGGAGCGCGCUGCGUUUUGUUGUUGAGUGCGAGCGGGAGGGACAGCGUACGGAGAGAGAGAAACAGAGCUGCAACAACAGCAUUAGCAGCAGCGAUGACUACCAGUCGCUGCACUGGCAUAGCGCUGCCGGGAAGUGUUUUGGGAUGCGUCCUCGUCCAUGUCUGCUAGGACCACACUUGUCACCGAGCGGCCGAACAAAAGGUGCUCCACGGCCAAAGGGUCACGCGAGUGACCACAAAGAACCAUCCAAGAGACAUCGAAGGUCCGGGACGCCUCCAAUAUAGUCAUAAUGCUGCGUCUUCGCAACCAGGAGCCUAGCCCGUCGCAUUACAGUGAUGGCGACGUGGUCUGGGUGAAAUUACACAACACAGAGAUCUGGUGGCCCGGCGAGGUGACCUUGUCACAGGACUUCCGGUUCGUCGACUGCAGCCGUCCACCGUUCGCAGUUGUGGCGUUUUUCAACGAGAAAACCUUCGAGCAAGUCAAAUCACCGAAACAGAUUUACCCCUUUCAAUGUGCUCAAAAAGAGGAGUUAAUCAAACGCGGCACCAAAAAGGCUGAUGGAAUGCACAUGGGCGACAAGUUCAGAGAUGAUGUGGCGAUCGCCGAGUCGCGCUACCACCGGCAGCAGCUCUCCUCCGGAUUGCACGCGACGCCUUUGUCCAUGCUGGAGGGCAGCAGUAACUGCAACAUCAUCAGCAACAGCAUCAGCAACAGCAUCAGCAACAGUAACAACAAUAGCAACCGGCCGGAUAGCCUCAUCAAGGCCCUCCUCUCGAGCGGCAGCAGCAGCAGUCUGCACAACAGCAGUGCGUCAAGCAGUGCAGUGCCUUCGCCGGCGGGUCGAGUAAGUAGCUCGUCGAUGGCAUCGCCCCAAGCCGUUGAUGAUAAUGCCGUAUUCCGACAGAAGGAGCCCACGAUUCGCAUCAUGGACAUUGGAGGCGGUGGCGCAGCGAUCGCACCGCGUGGCCGUGGCCUCAACGAGGCCAGCUACGAGUGCAACAUGUGCAGCUUUCGCACCAACAGCAUGAGUGUGCUGCUCAUCCACCGCCGCGCCCACUUGGAGCCCAGCAGCAGCUUCAGCAGCUUUAGCAGCAACAGCAACAGUACCAUCGACACCAACACCAACACCAAUAUUGUUCGAAAGACGCGGGCAGCGCGACGAGCUCACACCACCAACAUGCUGGAUCUGCGGCAUCUGGCGGGUCGCCGGAGUCGCGACAGCACGCACUUCGACAAGAACUCGGUGCGCUGUCACUCGCGUCACGUGUCCAUCGUGGUGGACGCCUCGCUGACGGACGAGGAGCAGCAGAGGGUGGCUAGCAUUGCCAAGCUGACGAUGGAGACCAUUGAGCGCGUGGUGCAUCCCGGUGACACCAGUCCCUCCUCCGCCUCCGCCUCUGCCUCUGCCUCGGCGUCCUCGUCGCCGGAGAUCAUCGCCGUGUCGGAGAGUUCACGACGCAGCCUUGUACAUCCACGGGAUCCGCGCAGCCAGCGCUCCAAUCAACUGCGAGCCACCAUGCCCGCCCCAGAGUCGCCGCCGGCCAAACAGCGCCGCCUAACGCGCUCCAUGAGUCGCCGUCAGAGGGGCGCCUCGCCUGAAGGCAGCUCGCCGGAGCUGCUGCCGCCCCCGACUCCACGCCGCCGUGCAGCUAGACGGUGCACACUGGCUGCCGCCACCGCCACCACCAGCAGCGAGCAGGUCACACCGCCAAGGCGUGGCAAUCCCUUAAGGAAAACGCUGACGACACCGCCCACCAGUGUGGAGAAAUCAUCUCGAAGCGCAGGAUGGCGAAAGCGAGCGCUCUCUAGGAACAGGGCGCCGAUCGCUGGUGGUGAUCUGCAUCCUUCGCUGCCUUCGCCUUCGCCAUCGCCACCGCCACCGCCUUCGCCGCCAGUGCGGCCACUUCCACCCAAAGUGAUUGCCGAGCCAGAGCUACCAGCCAGAGCUGGAUCCGGUCCAUCGCACGAGCCGCUGCCACCGCCGCCUGCUGUCGACCCACAAUCGAAAGUGAAUCUCCCGCAUCCGCAGAACAGUUCGGCCGCCUCCUUGCAGCUGCAUCUCAGUCUGCUGGCCGAGUGGUGCGACGACGAGAUGGACGAAUCGCUGGAUGAGCCACCACAGUCGCAGCCACAGUCGCAGUCACAGUCGCAGUCACAGACACAGACGGUGGAUAAAGCUGGCAAGGCAGUGGUCGAACAGCCAGCGACGACAGCAACACCAGGGCAGCAAGUGGAGGUGGAGGAGGAGGAGAAUCGCGAACGGGAACAGGAACAGGAGAAGACUGACGGCGUGGCUGCCAAGAAGCGCAUACGCAACAUACCAAAGAAGGAUCGGCGCGACGUGGUUCUGCAGGAGUUCGACGUGGACAGCCAGCUGGAGGAGGUUGACGAGCCGAUUGUCAUCCAGGACAGCGAUGCCAGCUCGAACGAGAGCGUUGUGUUCGUGGAGGACGAGCCAAGGCAGCGUGCAAAAGGUGCCACCACUCAUUCGCAGCCCAAUGGCAAUGGUAAAGGUAAUGGCAAUGGCAAUGGCAAUGAGAAGGCCAAAACCGCGGCCAAGGUGGCCAUACCUUCUUGCUUUGAUUUCGAAGAGGACGAGGAUCUGCAGCAACAGCAGCAGCUGGAGGGCCAAAAUGGACUAAGCUAUAGGCGUCGCACCAAUACCAAUCGCACCGAUGCCAAUGAUGCCAAUGGCAAGGGCCAUUCGGAGGAGGAGGAGGAGGAGGUGCAGCAGCAAGAAGAGGAGACGGAAGAGGAGGCGGAAGAGGAGACGGAAGAGGAGACGGAAGACGAGACGGAGGAGGAGACGGAAGAGGAGACGGAAGAGGAAGAGCCUGCGCAGGGCAACAUUUCCUUCGACGAACUGUUCUUUGGCUUCGAAGACGUCCCGGAGUCGUCGCCAAAUGCGGUCGUGGCGGUGGAAACGGAGCCCCAAGCAGAGGCAGAGCCUCAGCCACCUGUAGACCAGGUGGAGCACGAGAUGGUGGAUGCCGUAGAGCCCGCAGCAGCAACAGCAACAGCAGCAGCAACAACAGCAGCAGCAACAACAGCAGCAGCAGAGACCGAAGCCGAGCCGGGUGAUCAUUUGAGUCUGCCCAUCAAAGAGCGACAAAAGCGCAUAUUUAAGUCGCGGAACAAGUCGACGAUGGCAGCAGGUGGACAGGAAGAGGACAUAAUGCCAGCCGUGUUGACCAGCGACGACGAGGUGGUGGAGGUGCCGGAGGCUGCGGCCACAGCUCCUCUCCAGCAGGACACUGUAAACUGUGCCAGCCUGCAUCUUAUCAAUGGGCAGAAGAGCGCGAUGAACAGCCAUACGAACAGCAGCGAGGGCGUCAUGGAAAGCAAGGAGAGCAGCCGGAGCAGCAAGCGGCGCACCACAUCAAAGACUGAAUCCUCCCGUCGACCGCAGCGACGCUCGAUGGCGCGUCCACCGAGUCACUCGCCUGCCCACGAUGAGCUGAGCGACAACAGCAGCAACAGCAGCGGCAGCGGCAGCAGUAACAGCAACACCAGCAGCCAAAGCAAUGGCAACCACAUGUCCAGCGGCAGCUCUAGCUCGGAUUCGCACGGCAUUGGAACGCUGUCACCGGAGCCCAGCUCCAGCAACAGCUGCUCCAUAGCCUCCAACAUUGCGGUGAUCUCGGCAGAGGAGGCGCGCGAGCUGCAGCGAUCCGCCUCGGGCGCCGGCCUCAUCCACGCGGCCAUCGUGGAUGCCACCCAGCCGGUGCAGCGUGGAGGUGUGCUCAUUCUGGAGGACAUUCGGCUGCCCAACUUGUACGAGCCCUUCGGCGGCAGCCUGCACUCGUCGGACAGCAAUGGCAGUCGCAGUCGCAGUCGCCAGCCGAACUCCUCGCGGCCGCACGACGAGGACGACGAACAGUCGCAGGAUACGGAGCAGGAUACGGAGCAGCAGGCAACGAAUCAAGUUCAGGUGGCGCAGGAGGAGGAGGAGGAGGAGAUGGAGGAGGCAGAAGCUGGAGCGGAAUGUCGGGAUGAAGAGAAGCAUCUGCUCGAUGAUAAGCAAGUAGCUGAGCAGUUACAGGAACAACAGAAGGAACAGGAGCAACCGGAGCAACCGGAAAAGGAAGAGGAACAGAAUCAGGACAAGAAGACGGAGCCCACCGCAUAUAUGGACUUGACCAACUGUUCCCCGGCUCGGCACUCGCCGGAGGCGGUUCGCUCCCUGCCGCAGCCCCGUGAGGUGCUCCUCAAGAAGCGCGAGCAGGAGCUGCUGCGCCAGUACGAAGCCGACCUGGUCAGCGGGCGGACUGCGGAGAAGUGUCGCCUGGUCCGAGCGCGCUGGAGCCGGCCAAUGCCAUCCGUCGAGGAAGAGGACCAUCCAGAGGAGCUCGGCCAGGGCGAGAAGACGACUGCGGCAAACGACGACGAGGAUCUCCAGCUGGAUAUCCAACCAAUGGAGACCGAUUCCCCGGUGGACCAGGAGCUGGCAGCCGUUGAGUUGGCCCUACCAGGUGCCACGUUGGCUCCGUCAGCGCGCCGCGCCAACAGCUACCCGCCGCUCAGUUCCAUGGUCAUGAGCACGAACACGUACAAGCCCAGGCACUUCAGCUGCGCACCCGCUCUCAACUAUGUGGACGUGGCCAAGGCCCACCGGCAGCUGGUGGAUCUGCGCGGGCACCAGCGUCUGCGCUGCACCCCAAUCCCAGUCCCAAACCCAGUCUCAAACCCAGCACCAAACACAAUCCCAAGUGCCACAACGCCACCCACAUCCACAGUCAGCAAUCCGCCGACCACGCUGCUGCAGGCCGCCAACGUUGGUGGCCAACGGAGACAGCGUCGCCGCUCGAGGAACGCCGCCAGUGGAAGUGACCAUUUGGACAGAGAACGGGAAAGGGAAAGGGACAGAGAGAGGGAUAGGGACAGGGAGAGGGAGAGGGAGAAAGAGAGGGAGAUGGAGAUGGAGUGCGGCUCCCGCAGCGACGUCGCCGAGGAAUCGUCGUGCGAGACCACCAAGGAUGGCCAGGAGAGCCCCGAUAACCCGCCUCAACUGUGCGCUGGCCGCAUCUGCGCCGUGACGACUCGCCCGAUCCCGGGCUACAGCCACACGUUCAUGCUCUGUUCGCUGAACAACAACAACUUCACGCCGCUGAACAACGUGGCCCUGUACCUGGACAACGAGAAGAACCACCUGGUGCCGGUGCCGCGGGAGGCACUGCUGGAGCCGCCGCGCCUGGCCGACGGCCAUCCACUGUCGGCCGUCUUCGCGGACAUUGACUUUCUGGGCGGAGAGGCGGUUGCCCAGGUGAUGGAGCCAUCGGAAACGGAUAUGGAGGUGGAUGGCGAUGGCGUUGGGGAGGAUCUCAACCAGGAUCCGGAUCAGGAUCAGGAUCAUGAUCAGGUCGGGCGGCAUUUGUCUCCCCAAAUUCCGCUUAGCGAGGCAGAGAACGACGACGGCGACGCGGUGCCAAUGGACACGAUGGACACGAUGGGCAUUAUGACGCCACUCAGCCAGGUGGCCGAGGGAAGCGCCCUGGCUGCCGGCAGCUAUGUGAACGAGGAGGAGGAACUGUCCCUGCACGAGGAGCAGCUGCAGGCCAAUGUGCUGCAGCUGAACGUGAACGGGCACCGCUUGGAGCUGGAUCCCUCGGUGCUGUUCAGCAUUGCCGAGCAGCCGGACUCGUGCAUCGAACUGAAUGUCACCGACGCGGGCGGAGGAUCCAGUGGCUCCGGUCUCGCCGGCAGCAUGCGGGCCGUGCUCCACGCUCGCGACAUUCUGCAGGCGGCGCAGGUUUACUUGCAGGAGCGCGACCUGCAGCUGGUCAACGUGGAGGAUAUGACGCUCGACGAUGAGGACACGGAUGCGCCGGCUGGCUCUCACGUUCACGGCCACGCCACUGAUCUGCUCUCGCAGGCGCUGGCCGGUGCUGCCGACUCCGACGACUAUGUGACCGCAGCAGCCAACGCUGGCGUUGGUCUGCUCCACAUCGACACCCGCACGGGUGCCAGCCUGCUGCAUGUCGGCGACGAUGACGAUGACGAUGACGACGUCGACGGACCCGGCAGUGUGGUGUUCAUCUCGAACUCACUGCCACCACCGCCGCAGACCGUCCACCUUACGCCUCCGAUCACGGCGCGCACCAACGAGACGAACGCGCUGCUCGACCAGACGCCCAUCAUGUCGACGCUGGAGAAUCCGAGCGGCAUGCUGUUCCGCCGCGUUUCACCGGACGUCGAUGGCAACCUGGAGGACAGCCUGGCCUCCGUCAUUGGCGUGACGAACGGCAGCGGCGUGCCCACCUCGCUGGAGCUGCCCAUCACGGUCACCAAUCCGGCGAUCGCCUCGCGGAUGGCGGCCCCUGUCGCCGACAUCCUGCAGUUCGCUCCCUUCCAGUAGAUGUGUGGGUGUGGAUGUCGGUUUGGGUGUGCGUAGAGGGACACAAGGCACAGUCCAUCCAGGCGAACGUUUUUGAUUUGCCUUUGUAGAUGCAGAUGCAGAUGCAGAUGCAUUUGAAAUUUCACAUUUGUGUGUAUUUUUUUUUUUUUUGUGCGCCGAAGAGAGUGUACCUCUUGUUAGUUAAAUUAACACGAAAUUAGAAUUUAGAAGAGACGACGACAUUGCGCCAAUGAAUGCCAAUGCAGAUAUGUAGUUGCCUAAUCGACUAGCACCUAAGUGUGGGAUUCACAUUGACUUACAUUGCAAAUGUAGGAUCGGGAAAGGAAAGGAGUCCCAUUAGCACGUAAGAGAUUUAAACAACUAUUGGAUAGAUAUAGAACAGAUCAGACCACACCAGACAAAGCUGAACAAAAAGUCAACGACGAGGAUGUAGCGUGUGAUCGUGUGAUCGAUGCCCGGCACCCGGCACCAAAGCAAAAACAUACGACACGUAACAGAACAUAGAAAACAGAACAUGCAACACUGCAUAUAGGACUAUAUAGGAGUAGGACUUAAAGUACACGCAUGUGAACAGGAUGCACAUUUAUAUUUAACGACACUAAAUGACUAUACCAAUGUGUGUAAGAUAUGUCAGUCUCUAAGCUAACAAACAACUUCUGUAAAGUGUGCCCUGAAUAAAGGGCAGAUCGAAGCUGCCCAGCUUGGGCAACUAUUAAAAUAAAGGCAACCCCACGUGCUACAAAA